AUGUCUAAAUUUCGUUAUGAAAAGUUAAAAGGCUCGUUGGAAGUUGACCUGUAUUGGAACACAAAACUCUGUGAGAUUUUCGCCUCAAUAGAUUCGGACAACGAUGGCUAUUUGGGUCGAAAUGAAAUCGCUGCUUUACUGAGGACAAUUAAUGCCGAAACGACACCGUUGGAUAUCGAUGCGGUUUUUCGAGAAAUGGACGAAAAUCAUUGUGGUAUUGUGAAUAAGGAAGAUUUUAUUCGCUAUAUGAGUACGCCUCCCACUCAGCAUCUUUCUACGGUAGAACUGGAAAAGCUAUUCAGAUUAUUCGAUAAUGAUGGUGACGGAGCGAUAACCAAAGAGGAACUAAAAGAAAUUGUUUCUCAGACGACACCGUGGAGUAAUGAAAAAUUGAUAGCAGAAAUGUUCGAAAAAAAUGAUACAAAUAAAGACGGACGAAUCACUUUUGUCGAAUUUAUGCAUUUAAUGAAUGAUUACGAGUGA